ACGAGCAGCGAUCAGGAAUGACUGUCGUGGCGGGCUUUCCUCCGAUUCGCAUUGACACAACGACCGUUCUGGAUGCGCCAGACCUGCCCGUCCAUGUCGCUGCCAUUGAGGCAUUUCGUCAGGAUGCCGUUCAGUGCAUCGCAGCCGCAAUGGCGUCGGUGGAUGGCACUCGAGAUGCGCAGUCGGACCAGGCUGCGAACGCCGCCACCUGCGACUGCGCGACCAGGCUCAAGCUGCUCGACCCAGCAGAUCAAGACAGCGCGGGACUGCCAACAACCCCAAAAGUCACAUUGCUGUCGCUCUUCGCGGGUCUGGCGUCGCGCAAUCCAUACUCGAGCGCUGAACUGCGACAAAGCCUCGUCCAGCUCGUUGAUGCAAGUGCUGCGUCCAAGUGCUGCCGAGUCACCCGUGAAUUCACGACACAGCUGGAUCGUGCUCAAGCAUGGAUUGGCGUGCACCACGAUGUGCUUUUUCGAACGCUUCUCGUCGCAUGGUUGUCCGACAAACCUGAAUCUGGCAGCAGGAUUGAAGCUAAACUGGCAUUGUGCGGACUCGUGGAACUAGCUCCGGCAUCGGCUCUCGCAACCCACCAUGCGCUGUUGAUAGCUCAGCUCAUCAACCUGUAUGAAGACUAUGAGCAACAGAACAAGAUUCUGGCACUCGGUGGACUACAACGCGUCUUUGAGCUUGUGCCUGCCGCGCUUCUUUGCGGGAAUGGGUUGGCACCAGCUGUCCUACAAAGUUUACAUACUCAAGCUACGCAACGGCAUGUUCAGCUCGCAAAAGCCCUUUACGCAACCAUGCUCGCCGUGUUGCAGGUGGCGCGCGGCGAAGACCAUGUUGGAUUGCGCAAAGUAUUCAUUGAUGCGAUUGAUGUGUUUGUACGGCGUCUUGGCCCGGUCUCUGCUCGACAUUUGAAGGUUUGA